AUUAACGUUUCACCAAUAUCUCACAUUCUCUCUGUGUGCGUCUCUUCUCUCUCUCUCCGCCUCCCUCCACCGUCGUCUCCGGUGAUCAAAGCCACCAUCGUCUUCAUUAAACAACAUCAACGUUUACAGAGCUAAUUCUUGAGUUUGUCUUCUCAUGGCGGAUAUUGUGAAACAGAUCUUAGUAAGACCUAUUCAAUUAGCGGAUCAGAUAACUAAAGCGUCGGACGAAGCUUACUCGUUCCGUCAAGAAUGUCUAGAGGUCAAAGCCAAAACGGAAAAGCUCGCCGGUCUCUUACGUCAAGCAGCGCGUGCGAGUAACGAUCUCUACGAACGUCCCACGCGCCGUAUCAUCGACGAUACAGAGCAAGUCCUCUUCAAAGCCUUAGCUCUCGUCGAAAAAUGCCGCGCAACGGGACUGAUGAAACGUGUUUUCACCAUUAUCCCCGCGGCUGCGUUUAGGAAGAUCACGAUGCAGUUGGAGAAUUCGAUCGGAGACGUUUCUUGGCUCCUCCGUGUCUCUGCUUCAGGGGAUGAUCGUGACGACGAGUAUUUAGGACUCCCUCCGAUCGCAGCUAACGAGCCAAUCCUCUGUUUGAUUUGGGAACAAGUCGCGAUCCUCUUCACAGGCUCUCUCGAGGAUCGAUCAGAUGCAGCGGCUUCGCUCGUGUCGCUGGCUCGUGACAAUGAUCGAUACGGGAGGCUCAUUAUCGAAGAAGGUGGUGUACCUCCAUUGUUGAAGCUUGCUAAAGAAGGUAAAAUGGAAGGUCAAGAGAACGCGGCUCGAGCCAUUGGUUUAUUAGGACGUGAUCCAGAGAGUGUUGAACAGAUUGUGAACGCAGGUGUGUGUCAAGUGUUUGCAAAGAUUCUCAAAGAAGGUCAUAUGAAAGUUCAAACCGUUGUUGCAUGGGCUGUUUCUGAAUUAGCUUCUAAUCAUCCUAAGUGUCAAGACCAUUUUGCUCAGAACAACAUCAUUCGUUUCCUUGUGAGUCAUUUAGCUUUUGAGACGGUUCAAGAACAUAGAAAAUACGCUAUCGUGAGUAACAAGCAGACGUUGUCUUCGAUUCAUACGGUUUUCAUGGCGAGUAAUACGAACCCAUCAGACAAGAAGGAGAGCAACGAUCAAGAUGAGACCAAAAGCAAUAUCUCACAUCCUAUGAGUAAUCAGACACCGAGUCAGAUGGAUAGCUUAAUUACAAACACAUUGGCAAUGAAGGGUUCGGGUCCGAGUUCAGGUUCAGGUUCCGGUACUAACAAGAAUCAGGUAAAACAGAGCAAUCAACAGCACCAGAAUCAUCAUACCAAGGGUGGUUCUAAUCCGAGAGGGAACAAUCCAACACAUGUUUCUUUAAUGGGGACAAGCAUUAAGGGAAGAGAGUAUGAGGAUCCAGCUACUAAAGCUCAGAUGAAGGCAAUGGCUGCAAGAGCAUUGUGGCAACUCUCAAGAGGGAAUCUCCAAAUAUGUAGAAGCAUAACAGAGUCAAGAGCAUUGCUCUGUUUCGCCGUUCUGUUAGAGAAAGGAGACGAUGAAGUCAAGUCCUAUUCGGCUUUAGCAAUGAUGGAAAUCACAGAUGUGGCCGAGCAGUAUCCAGAGCUGAGACGUUCAGCCUUCAAACCAACCUCUCCUGCUGCAAAAGCUGUAGUAGAACAGUUACUUAAGGUGAUCGAAAACGAACUACCGGACCUUUUGAUCCCCUGCAUCAAAUCAAUCGGUAGUCUUUCAAGAACGUUCCGUGCAACGGAGACAAGGAUCAUUGCACCACUUGUGAAGCUUCUUGAUGAAAGAGAAGCAGAGGUUUCAAUGGAAGCCGCAGUAGCGCUUAUCAAAUUCUCAUGUACCGACAAUUUCUUGCGUGAUAACCACUCGAAAGCGAUCAUAGCAGCAGGAGGUGCAAAGCAUUUGAUUCAAUUAGUCUACUUUGGAGAACAAAUGGUCCAAGUCCCGGCUUUGAUACUACUUUGUUAUAUCGCAUUGAAUGUACCAGACAGUGAAACUUUAGCUCAAGAAGAGGUUCUCGUAGUUCUUGAAUGGUCGACAAAGCAAGCUCAUUUGGUGGAAUCACCAACGAUUGACGAGAUAUUACCAGAAGCAAAGAGUAGAUUGGAGCUUUACCAAUCUAGAGGGUCAAGAGGAUUUCAUUGAUAUAUGACACAAAGCUAAUUCACUAUCUAGAGUAUGAACACUCUUCAUUUUUGUCGCCUCACAGGUUUUGUUUUCUUCUUUGAUGUGUUCACUUAUGUCUUCUCCAACGUUUGAUGAAGCUCUCUGUAUAUAUUACAUUGGUGAUGCUCUUAGACGUUGUUAUAAGUGUGUAGAC